GUUUCACUUUAUGUAAAAAGAGCGAUAUUUUUGCGAAAACGAUUAAUCACCAGCUACACCCAAUUUAGGGAAUAAUUAAAUACUGUUCUGUUAUUUUAUACCUGUGACCUCAAAGUGCAAAUAAUUAUCUAUUAUCGAAAUUAUUUACAUUGAAAUGAAAUGAUUUGAAUCACAAUGAAAGUGUUUUUAUAAUAACUAUCAAUAAGUUAAGUGUAAAUGAAUAAGUUUUCCAUUUAUUUCUGAUUCCCAGUCAUAUAUUUAAUUAACAUGGGUGACGGACCUUUUGUUGCUAAGCCGGCUCGGGGCUGGCUCCAUCCCGAUUCGGUAUUAGCUAGCGAUGGAAUUACUUACGCAGUAAGGUAUAUUGGUUGCAUGGAGGUUCUUACAUCAAUGAAAAAAUUAGAUUUCGAGACAAGAUCACAAGUAGCAAAAGAAUGCAUUGCUAGAGUAUGUGCAGCUGCUGGACUAAGAUCAGCUGAUAAGAAGCGUCGAGUGUGUCAAGCUGCCGCCAAUGCAUUAGCAGCGAGGCCUAGAAUGUCACACUCUGGUUCAAAUGUGGCUCUGACAGUAUCAUCCAGAGCUAUCACAGUAGCAGCAUUAGAGGGAGGUGAGACUAUUGCUCGCCAUGAUAUGCCUCGUGUCUCAUUUGCAUCAGGCGGGGACCAGGAUUCACUAGACUUCGUAGCAUACGUAGCGAAGUCGGCGCCGCCGGCGGAGUGGCGCGCGUGCUACGUGCUGGAGUGCGGCGGGCGGCUCGCGCAGGACGUCAUCGCGACCAUCGGACAGGCCUUCGAGCUGCGCUUCAAAGAGUUCCUAACGAAGCCCACAUCGUUAAACAUCAAUGGCUCUCGUCCGCUGAGCGCGGCAGACGAGCGUGAGUACUACAACGACAUGCCCGACAAGAUCCCCCCCGCAGAGCCCCCCGCCGACCCACCCGCGCCUCACCGACACCCCCCGCCGCCGCCGCUAGCCUCGCUCGCACCCAUCUCCUCAUGCGAGGAAAGCGUCCGGCACUACGUGAAUCAGACUCCUCCGCCUCGGACUCCGCCCACUGCACUCUUGCCGAAUCACCACACGGACAUCUUUGAUAUGCAGCCCUUCACUGCGGCCCCGGUCUCCUCAGCGACGUCGACAUCACCAGCCACGUCAUCAUCGCCUGCAGAAGAUCUGCCUCCGACUCUGUCUCCCGCUACACAAUCAGCUCUACUGGCAAGGGAAACCUGGUACCAUGGACCUAUAUCGAGGACUGCAGCGGAAAGACUAGUGGUGGAGGAUGGCGAGUUUCUAGUUCGGCAAUCGACGGCGUGUCCCGGACAGUUCGUGCUGACCGGGGCGAGGCGAGGCGCGCACAAGCAUCUGUUGCUGGUCGACCCUAAUGGAGUUGUGCGCACGAAGGACCGCGUGUUCGAGAGCGUGCCGCACCUCAUCAAGUACCACUGCAGCAACGAGCUGCCCAUCGUGUCGGCCGACUCCGCGCUGCUGCUGCGCCGCCCCGUGCCGCGCUCCUGAGGCCGCCCCGCGCCGCCCCGCC